GCUACAUACAACAAUCAUGGCGGAUUCUCCCGCACUUGGGACUGAAGACGGGCGUGAAUCUGAGUCUCCGAAUGACCAACAUGCAUAUCACAAAGCCGAAGAAGACCUUCAGGAUCAUAUAUUAGCAAUAUAUGGGGACUCUAGUGCCAACAAUGACAUGUUCAGGCCAGCCUUGGCAGACAAUGCCAAGAUUGGCUUUUUCAGCCUCGAUAGUGCCUCUCAGACAGAAGUCACUGAAAUUGUUGAUCUCAAAGAGAUGACAGAAGUUUUGCAGAUACUACUGCAGGAUGUGGCAAACCUUAGAAGAGACAUCAAUUUCACAAAGCAUGUUAUGCAAGCAGAUCAUGAUUCAAAGCUUCAAGAGAAAUCCCUUGAACUAUACUGUCGGAUCAAUGAAAGAGUUGUGGAGUUGGAAAAAAUGCAUCAGGAUAGGGUAAAUUCUUUGCGGAAAGCUUUUCGACAACAACUUGCAGAUGCCAUAGCAAGACUGUCUGUCCACUUCAGUAAAAAUCUGCAGACAAAAAUUGUUAGGGAGAGAACAAAACAGAAGAGUGACCUUGCCGACAAAGAGGAAAAGUUCAAGGAAAUGCAAGCUACAAUCCUUCGCAAUGAAGGUGUGAUCCAGAUGCUCAAAACUCAACUGCAGCAGCAGCAAAUGAAGCAACAAGAGGAAGAUGAUGAGAGGUUCAUGGAGAGACGAUUUGUCAUGGAUGAGAGUUCUUCGAAUAAAAGCAAAUCUUCAAGAGCGUCUGGAUCUCCCGUUGUGCCUCGUGUUGACUCUGCCCUUCAAGACCAGUUGAAUACAGCACAAGAGGAGCUUGAAGAAGCGACUCAGAAACUAGAAAAGUCAGACAAAAAGAUUUCUCGACUGGAAGAGGCUUUGGAUAUCAAGGAUGAAGAAAUCUUGACUCUUCAUAAAGAAAUGGAUGCUAUGAAAGAGCAACAGGAGAGAAGUGAAAUCAUGGUGGAGCAGCUAAAGCAUGAACACAAUGAGCUCAUGGAGGCAGCUGCACAGGAGAAAGAGACGACCAAGAAAAUGGCUGAUGAUUUGCUUGGCCACCAGAAAGAGGAGAUGAAAAGAAUGAUGGAUGAGCAGCUGCGCCUUGCAAAAGAGGAGGCUGUGGAGAAAGCUAAGGAAGAAGCACAGAAGGCCUCCACUGCUGAACAGUCUAAGAUGAAACAAAUGAAAUCUCAGCUUGCUGACUUGGAGAAAAAGCUGGCAAAGGAGAAAGAAAAGUCAAGCUCUGCUACACAGGACUCUAUUAGCUCAAAAACGUUGAAAGAGUCAGAAGACAAACUGAAAACUGAAAUCCUUAGGCUACAAGCAGAGGUAGAAAAGGCACACAGAACUUGGGAGAAAAAGUUUGCCAUUCUUCAACAAAGCAUGCAUGCGCUAAAAGAUGAAAGUUACUUGAGACAAACACUUCAAAGACAGGCUGCUCAACUGCACCACGCUGCCGUCAGCUACUCGACUGAUAUGCCCUCCGGGGUAUUGCCCACAAAGGCUCCAGCAUCAAGUCCUAGUAAAAAGCCACUUCCUGAGAUUCGGAGAGGCAGCAAAACUGGAAACCAGGCACAAGAGCGGGAUUACAUUUCUUACACUGUUUCUGCUCCCAGUGGACGGGGCACUGCUAUGUUUUCUGCUGAUGAGAAUCAAAUCAUGUCAGACAAUGAGCUGGAUCUGCUGCCACCCGAAAUGGAGCCUUUGCCUGAGCAACCAUCCAGAAAAGGAAAAGAUUGUGGUGAUCAAAGUCGACCUUCAACUCAGCCCCAUGUGGUCGUCCUGCCUACUGUUGAGGCCAAAUGAACUUUGAUACGAGCAGUAGAACUGUUCUGUGUAAAUUGCAUCCCCUAUUCUUUGAUAAUUUUUAUGAAUCAACUUCUCUGCUGAAUGACAAAAUUUUUUUUUACAAAUAAUAAGUCCACAGAAAGUACACUAUGUGGAAUUUUUUUUUUUUUCUGUCAAAUUUUAAUGCCCAGUGAGACCACAUUGGUCAUUUGAAGGUGGGAUUGGCACCGUGGGAUUUACAGGAUCUGUUGUGAUGAGCCAGACCUUCUGAUGACAAAUGGACAUGGAUGAGAAAAUAACAAAGUGAACUUAUAUAUGCAGAAAAGACACCAGGACCGAUGUUGACUACAGAGAAGCUUGUGGCGUAGGACUUCCAUUCCACUAGCACAGUUGUGCCCUCUGUUGGUGUGAUAACGGACUUUUUAUCUCCCCUGGCCAGCCAGGGGUCUUCAUGUGAACUGAUUUUGAGUGAUAUAUUAAACAUUGACUGUUUCAUGUCUUUCGUUUGACUAAUUAUUGUCACUCUCGGAAUCUAAACUUUAGACCUUUUUAUUCUUUACAUAUGUUUGUCUCCCUACCUCUCCCUCUCUGUGUAGUGUGUGAUAGUGAGGCCUCAUAAUUGUGUUUUGCUUGCAUGAAUGUGGUCAGAUCCAAUAUCAUCCUACAAUGCUAUGUAUUCCAUGUGUGUAUUCUGAACAUGCAUGCUUAGAGACAGGUUUUGAAAGAAAGGUAUUCAAGGUUAUGUACACUAUGUGCAGUGAACGAGCAGUAAUUGAUUCGGAAGUCAAUGAAACCUGGCACUCACUACAUAAGAAAUAAUAUUUCAGACUUUUUUUCCUCCUUUCAAGUCAUUAAAAAAACAGAAUAUCAAUGACAGUGAAUUCAAAAGCGCAAUAAGACCCAAUGAAACAAUUAAUCUUGAAACUCAUCCUGAUUCACUGAAGUUUCUCUAAAUAAUACAUCUGAGUCUGAGGGAUAAUGUUCAAGCUCUUAACAGACACUUACAAAAGCUGUGAGUGCAAAUCUUUUGUGAAGUUUUUUUUAUCGAGUAACUCCAUCUGCCUGCCUAGACACUGUAUCUCUCUAAGCCUGAGUUGACCCUGACAGGUUGGGUUGAAGCAGCCCACCUUCUAAAUAAAAAAAUGCAAAAUUAAGUCAAUGUGGGCAUAAAAUGUUUACAAUUAUAUCAUAGUCAUACCUCCUGAGAUUCAUGAAGGUGGGUGGUUGGUAGGCGCUCCGGAGUCGUUUGCUCCUUCUUUCUCAUCAAACAGCUAUCAUCCUAAAUCUCUUCUUCUUUUUUAUGUUUGUUGCUCUCUUGUAACACCUUUUGCAUAAGAACCCAUUCUAAAUAAAUCCUCACAAGGGCGUGAUUUGAGCAAAGGGCAAUAAACUUUUCCAA